UACUCAAGUCUUUUCAGCUUUAGUGUCAACUCUAAAAUGUUCCGUGAACUGUUUUUGCUCGUUGCUAUCGCCAUGUGCGCAUCUGCCCAUGUGGUUACUCCUCCAGUCGAUCCAUGCAGCUGUGGCAGCGGUUGCCCAAUCGAGAACAGAAUGAUCGUCCAUGCUUUGGACAACUGCAUUUGCCGUCCAUUCCAUAACCAGUGCUUCAUGGAAAAGGAAAGCGCUGAUAGAGUUAAGGCUGGCAAAUCCCCUCUGGUUCCCUUGGCGGAGUGCAUCUGCAAGAAGUUUAGGCAACUUACCUGCCCCAAUCCCAGGGUUACUGCUGAAAUCUCAUUCCCUGCUGUAUGUGGCUGCCCCUACAUCGCUGGACCCAUUAAGAAUAUGACUUUCGACAGCAUGUGCCAUUUGCACAAGUACUCCGGAGAAACUGGCAAUCCCUUCUUGAAUGUGUACCCAGCACCGGUGCCCACACCUGAGGAGCCUUGCGAUAAUUAAUCGAUUUACAAAAAGUUACAGAACAUGAUUUAAAUAAAGAUUUAACAUUUUGCAUCUAA